AUGGAGCAGGCUACAUCUGAGCCGAUGGAGCAGGAUACAUCUGAGCCGAUGGAACAGGCUGCUCCUGAGGCGAUGGAGCAGGCUACAUCUGAGGCGAUGGAGCAGGCUGCACCUGCUGCGCUGGAGCAGGCUACACCUGAGGCGAUGGAGCAGGCUACAUCUGAGGCGAUGGAGCAGGCUACACCUGAGGCGAUGGAGCAGGCUACAUCUGAGGCGAUGGAGCAGGCUACAUCUGAGGCGAUGGAGCAGGCUGCACCUGCUGCGCUGGAGCAGGCUACACCUGAGCCGAUGGAGCAGGCUACAUCUGAGGCGAUGGAGCAGGCUACAUCUGAGGCGAUGGAGCAGGCUACGUAUGAGGCGAUGGAGCAGGCUACAUCUGAGGCGAUGGAGCAGGCUACGUCUGAU